ACAGUGUUGGUUUCUCAUCUCGGUGCAAGCAGAUUUAUCUGGCUCCUCGGUCGACAAAAUCAUCUCCUCAAGAAACAUGGAAACAAAGGCAUUUAAAAAGAGAUGUCAGUCUCUGUGAAAACAAAGCCUUCUGUACUCACAUGUGCACCGAUCUCCUCUGAGUUUUGCAAAGAAAAACAAGUUGGAGACCACACUCUGUGGACACUGAGGGAUGACCCAGUUGAUUGCUGGGGGUUCUUCAUCAGCAUUCUGUGAUAACAAGAACGUGGACUCCUUCUCGCUAAGAUCCAUGACCAUUUGCGCUAACUGCCAGGAGGCUGGAUUCUGACUUCCAACCACUGAUAUCUUUGUGAAAAUCAGUCUACGUCCACCCUUUAAAAGCACUAACGAAUUAAUCAGAACUUUGGAAAGCAAAGAAGAAUUGAGAAAUUUUAGUAAAAGAAUGAGAUGUUAAAAACAAACUAGAAGGAGGCAAGGCUUCGCCUUGCUAUUGACCUUCUCAGACCAAAUGCGACUGCUGCUUUAAAACGAAAAGCAAAACAAAACAAACAAAACAAAAAUGAACAGCACAUGCCUUGAAGAACAGCACUACUUCGAUCACUAUUUAUUUCCAGUUAUUUACAUCUUUGUGGUUAUAGCCAGUGUUCCAGCCAAUAUUGGGUCUCUGUGUGUGUCUUUUCUGCAAGCAAAGAAGGAAAAUGAAUUAGGAAUUUACCUCUUCAGUUUAUCACUAUCAGAUCUGCUCUACACAUCAACUCUCCCUCUAUGGAUUGAUUACACUUGGAAUAAUGACAACUGGACGUUCUCCCAUGCUCUGUGCAAAGGGAAUGCUUUCUUCAUGUACAUGAACUUUUACAGCAGCACAGCAUUCCUCACCUGCAUCGCCGUUGACCGGUAUUUAGCAGUUGUCCACCCUUUGAGGUUUUCUUUUCUAAGGACAAGAAGAUCUGCCUUCGCGGUCAGCCUGUCCAUCUGGGUGUUGGAAACCAUGUUCAACGGUAUCAUUCUGUGGAAAGAUGAAACGACUAUAGAAUACUGUGAGGCCAAAAAGUCUAAUUUUACUUUAUGCUAUGACAAAUACCCCUUGGAGAAAUGGCAAAUCAAUUUGAACUUGUUUAGGACGUGUACAGGCUAUGCAAUACCUUUGGUUAUUAUAAUGAUUUGCAACCAGAAAGUCUACCAAGCUGUGCAGCAUAAUCAAGCCACGGAAAACAACGAAAAGAAGAGAAUCAUAAAACUACUUAUUAGCAUCACGUUGACUUUCGUCCUGUGUUUCACUCCCUUUCAUGUGAUGCUGCUGAUUCGCAGCGUUUUAGAGCAUGAUGUGAACCCUGAUAAACAUAUAUUUGACCACAACAAGUCCGGGAAUCCAACUUACACAAUGUAUAGAAUCACGGUGGCACUAACAAGUUUAAAUUGUGUUGCUGAUCCAAUUCUGUACUGUUUUGUAACUGAAACAGGAAGAGCUGAUAUAUGGAAUAUAUUAAAAUUCUGUACUGGGAAGCUUAAUAACUCACAAGGGCAAAGAAAAAGCAUACUUUCUAUGUCUACCAGAGACACCGUGGAGUUAGACAUCCUGGAAUAGAAGUGAAGACUUUUUCUUUUUUUUUAAGGUACACAGUAUCA